UCAGCACUAAUCAGCAUGGACUGGCUAGGAAUGGUAAGCGAAAAAGGGGGGCUGACAUUGACGUAGAUUUCCUCCGAACAAGGAGCGUGGUCGACAUUCUUCGGGACCCAUUAAAGUAGCGGGGGGUGUCUGUUUUUCACCCUCGGAAUGAUCAUUGCUCCCCCCUUCCUCCUCGUACGAAGAUGUCUCUACUUGUAGUUGGCUUCAUCGCAAUUGCGAUCGUGUUUGCCUUCUCAUCACUCUCUUCGAAACGCCCAGCAUCUUCUCCUCCACGAGUACCAAGUGUCUUGCCUUGGUUCGGGACUGCCUUGUCUUUCAUCUCCAGUCCAGAUGAAUUUCUAGCACGCUGCAGAAAGCAGUAUGGCAAUGUCUUUAGAAUGUUGCUUGGUGGUAGAGAAGUCGUCGUCGUCUCGUCCAUAUCUGCUAUCUCGUCCAUUUAUGCGGCCGACCACAACGUACUGGGAACCCAUGAAACGCAUAACGCAUUGUACGCCGCAGUGUCGGGAGGCAAGGGCAAUAGCACUGAGGUUUAUCGUGUCGUGUCUCACCUCAUAUUCCCCAUGGUGGACCAGCGCCUCUCGCGACGCUCCAUGGGGGAUCUGACUGCGCCUAUCGCCCAGGCUCUGUAUGGCAAACUGAAACCUUACACUCAGAUGAAAAAUGCUCGCGUAACGCUCAUGAAAUUCCUCACUGAGCCACUGUGCUUCGCGACCAACCUCAUUAUGUUUGGCACUCGGUACCCCCAAGACACAUACGAGGACCUGCGUAUUCUUGAUGAGACCAUGCCUGAACGUUUCUACAGCGUACCAUUUUGGUGGUGGCCAUCGAUGAAAGCACGAAAGAGAAUGCUUCAGCAGAUCGAUGACUAUCUCAGUACCAGAGAUUUCUCCGCCGAGGAGGAUGGGUGGAUAGGUUCUGCCUUCAAGAAAUUAUUCCGCGAAAACGACGUUGCUCGCCACGAGGCGUGUUGUCAUCUUCUUACCUUCCAGUGGGGCAUGCACACGAACACGUUCGGGAUAGCGCUAUGGUUUUUCUUGUUCCUCUUCAGUCAUCCUGAUGCGUUACAUGCGAUACGGAACGAAGUCGACAGAGCAAUCAAGGAAGACUUCGGAGACCUAGACUCCUUCUUGGCCAGUGUCAACCCGCAGGUGCUGGAUAGGCCGUGCUUCACGUCGUUGACUUCAGCACUUCUGGAGACAAUGAGGCUCACUGCUAUAUUCGUUGCUUUGCGCGUUGCAGAGACAGACCUGCAGUUGAAGGAUCGGGGCGGGACAGUAACGGUGCGCAAGGGAGAGUAUGUUCUGGGCAAUGUUCAAGCCGUCCAUAUGGAUGAGAGCGAGUAUCCGGACCACCGUAAAUUCGUGUUCGAUCGUUUCGCUCACAAUGAUCACCGAGAGGGGAGACUGCCCACGGAUGGUCAACCAUGGUUCUCUUUCGCGGCUGGGAGGCAUUUGUGCAAGGGCAGAUAUUUGGCCAUGUAUGAGCUGAAAUUGGUGGCCAUCAUUUAUCUAUACCUCUUCGACUUCACACCUGUGAACCAUGAAUCUAGGUCGUGGUGGCCGCCCCGUACGACCAGAAGAAACCUUGGCAUCCCACGCGCUGAGGAGGUCUUCGUAGAUAUCCGUCUCCGACAUCACGCUUGAUACGUGCUUGAGCACAUCGGGAAAGACGUCUAGAGACCGCCUCACUGAUUAUUGUUAGCCACUUCAUGCGGACACUUACAACGUUUGUCUUACGUUUGCCUUAUCCAUCAUAGUUUAUCCAUCAAGGGCCUC